AACGAUCACACGACAAUUAGUAUUACCCCUGAUACACACGCACCGAAACAGUAAAUGAAACAAAUGUUCGUGUUGAGGAGACAUCGUAUGCGCAUCAGUUGCAAAUAGUCCAUUGAACCAAACUCAACGUAAAAAUGGUGUCCAAAGUGGCAAAGAGACGUUAUAGCAGACUAAUUAAAAGUUGGCGAUUAAUUUUACAUUCGUUGGGUGCGAUGAUCUAUUGGGCAGUGAUUAUAGCGGGUUUGGAUUGCUAUCUAUCGGGUUUCAAAUCACUGACAGCCCAACAUUGGAUAUUAUACUUAUCAGCAACAUCAGUCACCAUCGGAUCCUGGGUGUUCGCCAAUCCCAGAAGCAGAUGGAUGAAAAUCUCCAGCGAAAUUUUAUUGUUUUCACUCAGCGAAUUCGCCAUAUUUUCGACAACUAUAACGAAUCUGCUUUGGCUUCUCCGCAGUAAUUUCUUCAAUAAUUUUUUAUACCCGAGUAUUGACCUGGAUGAAGUGACAGGAAUGGGCCGCAAUAUCAUUAUGGUAUCGUACGGCUACAGCCUAGUUUUGUUUUCGAUAAUGAACACUGUUAUCCAUUCAACAUAUAUCUACCAUUUAGUUCGAGGAACCGAGAAGAAAGUAGCUGCAUACAUUGAUCCAGUCAGAAUCAUCUAUUGUAGCAUUGGAAUCACUAUAAUCAUGGGAAUUACAUAUGUGGUACUUUCACUGGCGGAGACGACUGAUCCAGCCACAGUGGAUCUGAGUUUAGUUUGGAAUUUAAUAUUUGUACAGUUUAUUGUGUGGUUGGCUGCAUCACUUGCUUCCGUUGAAUUUCGUCGAGGAAAAGCCAACACAAUGAAAGAAAGUCUCAUGUCAGAUUAUUUUAGCUACUGUCGUGUACUCGGAAUGAUGCUUGUACUAUUUACGAUCACAUACGUUAUAGUAGUAUUUCGAAUCGUGAAUAUGGCCGAAAAUUUUGAAACCGUAAGGAGUCAUUUGAUAGGAGGACGUCGAAUCAUGCUAAGCGAUAUGUUCCCGAAAGCUUGUAUGUUAGUCUAUUGUGGCUUUGCAUCUCAGCAUAGAUAUCAAUACCUGUGGCGCAAAAUCUCAGCUUCUUCUAAAAGGAAGAUAAAGAAACGAAGAUAAUAAUCCCAACGUAGAGUGACUUUUUUUUGGUUUAAUUGAAAUUUAAUGUAUCAUGAUGAGGGUGGAAUGUGAGGGGUGUUAAAGUCGUCGUUUUGUUAGAUUCAAUACUGUUAAGUCAGAGCAUCACUGUGACCAAAAUUUAUUGUAAUUUACUCUUUGAUAAUUUUUUUAAAAAUAAAACUUAAGAAUGAUU